UGCUACCACCAGUGACUCACCUAAGAAGAUUGUCUCUCAAAGACAAUCCAACAGAGACCCUUCUCCAAAUAUCUUCCAUUCUCUCUCACUUUUAAUUCUCCCUGAAAGUUCCAACUCAACAAAUUUGAGGAGCAAAAACCAAACCAUACCACCAACCAACACAAACCUCAAUCAAUAUUCUCAAUUCAUUCAUGGCCUCUCCUCCACCUCUCACAAUUCCUCUCCUCCUCACAAUGUCCAUUUUCUUCAUUCCCCUUCAAAUUCAAACAAGUUUUGCUGCUUCCUCUGUUUUCCCUUCACCACAAACACAAACCUCACUCCUCAUACUAUCUCUAAAAACACAAACACUCCCUCAAAACAAGCUCUCAUUCCAUCACAACGUCUCCUUAACGGUCACACUAACCGUUGGCUCGCCCCCACAGAACGUUACCAUGGUUCUCGACACAGGGAGUGAACUCUCAUGGCUUCACUGCAAAAAAGCUCCAAACUCAAACUCCUCCUCCAUCUUCAACCCACCCCUCUCUUCCUCCUACACCCCAACACCAUGCACCUCACCCGUUUGCACGACCCGAACCCGGGAUUUUCCAUUACCCGUUUCGUGCGACCCGAGGAAGCUCUGCCACGCUACCCUGUCCUACGCCGACUCCUCCUCCGUGGAGGGGAACCUCGCCACGGAGACAUUCUUCGUCGGAGGGAACAAACAGCCUGGGAUUGUGUUCGGGUGCAUGGAUUCCGGGUUCAGCUCCAACGCCGGCGAGGAUGCGAAGACAACUGGGUUGAUGGGUAUGAACCGUGGGUCGCUGUCGUUCGUGACGCAAAUGGAGCUUCCGAAAUUCUCGUACUGCAUCUCCGGCCAUGAUGCCUCCGGCGUGUUGCUCCUCGGCGCCGCCUCGUUGCCGUGGCUGGGUCCUCUGCAGUACACUCCUCUUGUGAAGACGACGAACUCGUUGCCGUACUUCGACCGGGUCGCAUACACUGUCCAGCUCCAGGGGAUUAAGGUUUCGGAGAAGUUACUGGAGUUACCAAAGUCGGUUUUUGUUCCCGAUCACACAGGGGCGGGUCAAACCAUGGUGGAUUCGGGUACUCAAUUUACUUUUCUGCUCGGGUCGGUUUACAAUGCUUUGAGGAAUGAGUUUGCGGCCCAAACCAAAGGGGUGUUGAAGCCGCUUAACGACCCGAAUUUUGUGUUCCAAGGAGCGAUGGACUUGUGUUACCAAUUUCCAGCUAGUGGAGCGAGUGCUUCGAUAGUGUUACCGACAGUGACGCUAGUUUUGGAUGGAGCAGAGAUGAGGGUGUCAGGGGAGAGACUCUUAUAUCAAGUGAAUGAUUUUGUGUGUUGUUUCACUUUUGGAAACUCCGACUUGUUGGGGAUUGAGGCCUAUGUGAUUGGUCAUCAUCAUCAGCAAAAUAAGUGGAUGGAGUUUGAUUUGGCAAACUCUAGGGUUGGAUUCACGGACACUAGUUGUGAGCUUGCUCGUCAACGACUUGGCAUGGUUCCUUAAAUUUUCGACGACAUUUGUAGUCAUUAGAGAGAUAGUUUUCGUGCAUGUUUUGAUACACAUUGAAAAAUCAUAGUGGAUAGAAGUAACUUAUUUUAGUUUUUA